CUCCUGAUCUCUGCUUCCUGAGUAGCUAGGAUUACAGGAAGUCGCUUCUGUAAAUUAAGGUUGAUUUCCUUUUGGAGUACAGAAGACAUCCCUGUUCCGUGGAGAGAGCGUUGUCAAGAGACCUGUGCACAGGGAGUUGUGACCUUCAGGGAUGUGACUGUAGAGUUCUCUCAAGAAGAAUGGAUGUGCCUGGAACCUGCCCAGAGGAAUUUGUACAGGGAUGUGACUUUGGAGAACUUCAGUCACUUGGUCUCACUAGGUCUUUCCAUGGCUAAGCCAGAUGUUAUCUCCUUAUUGGAGCAAGGGAAAGAACCCUGGAUGGUCACAACUGAUAUGAAAGGACCAUGGUACUCAGACCUGAAGUCCAGGUGUGAGACAUGUCCACAGCCAGGUAUUUUUGGAAUAGAGCCAUUCAGUUGGGAGCUGAUGGAAAGCCUUAAAUACGGUGGCCUGGAGGGCUCCCGUCUCAGAGAUGUCUGGGAAUGCCAUGGCUCAUUGGAGAGACCACAAGGUAACCAGGAGUGCAAUUUCAAGCCAGUGAAAAGCUAUGAAAAUGAGCCCACCUUCCAGCAUCACACGUCCCUUAGCCUCCAUCCACGCAGUGGACCUAGCGAGAAACUGAUGGCGUGCCGUGAGUGUGGGAAAGCCUUUAGCCGUGGCUCCCACCUUACUCAGCACCAGAAAACUCACACUGGCGAGAAGCCCUUUGAAUGUAAGGAGUGUGGCAAGGCCUUCAGUCGCGCAUCACACCUUGCUCAGCAUCAGAGAAUUCACACUGGCGAGAAGCCUUAUGACUGCAAGGAGUGUGGGAAGGCCUUUGGUCGCACUUCAGAACUUACACUUCAUGAGAGACUUCAUACUGGUGUCAAACCCUACGAGUGCAAAGAAUGUGGAAAGGCCUUCCGGCAGCACUCACAGCUCAUUCUGCAUCACAGAACUCACACAGGUGAGAAGCCCUAUGUAUGUAAAGAUUGUGGGAAGGCUUUUAUUCGUGGCUCCCAACUUACUGUUCACAGGAGAAUUCAUACUGGUGCUAGACCUUACCAGUGUAAAGAGUGUGGGAAAGCCUUCAGACAGCACUCACAACUGACUGUCCAUCAGCGCAUCCACACUGGGGAGAAGCCCUACGAAUGCAAGGAGUGUGGAAAGGGCUUUAUUCAUAGCUCAGAAGUGACUCGGCAUCAGAGAAUUCAUUCUGGGGAGAAGCCCUAUGAAUGUAGGGAGUGUGGCAAGGCCUUCCGACAGCACGCACAGCUUACUCGCCAUCAGAGAGUUCAUACCGGUGACAGACCCUAUGAAUGUAAGGACUGCGGAAAGGCAUUUAGUCGUAGCUCAUACCUUAUUCAGCAUCAGAGAAUUCAUACAGGUGACAAGCCCUAUGAAUGUAAGGAAUGUGGGAAAGCCUUCAUUCGUGUUUCCCAACUGACUCACCACCAGCGAAUCCAUACCUGUGAGAAACCCUAUGAGUGCAGGGAGUGUGGGAUGGCCUUCAUUCGCAGUUCACAGCUUACGGAACAUCAGAGGAUUCAUCCGGGUAUCAAGCCUUAUGAAUGUAGACAGUGUGGGCAGGCCUUUAUUCUUGGCUCACAGCUCAUUGACCACUACAGAACUCACACUGGAUAGGAAGCCUCACAUGCAAGGGGUACAGAAAGCUGCUAGGGGAGCUCACCCUGGCUCAGUACUGCUCAUUUACAUUGUAAUGUAAUCCAUGUCAUCAAGCCAUCUUCUGCCACUUCCAUUAUGGAACAUCAUAGAACACAUUCCAGAAGAAAAGUCAAUAAAUGUAGAGUCCAUUUUGCCUCACUCAGUGUUUAUUAAGUGUUAAGUAUUUAUUAAGCAUCAGAGAACCUAUGCUAAACAGAGUAAACACAAACAUAGAAAAGCCUCUGUUAUCACUCAAAAUAGGUUAAAUUUCUGAGAAUUUCAAAUAGAAAGUAAAAUAUUUUGUGGCUUAGCAUGCCUAGAGGAUAAGCUGGCCUAGAGGAUAGCUUGAGCCCAAGAGUUUGAGAACAGCCUGGGCAACGGAGCAAGGUCCCAUCUCAAAAAAGAAAUUGUGAGAGUGCCUUUGGCAUGGCAUAGAUUCUGCCUGACAUUGUCUUUCUUCCAUUGACUACUGACUGUGUCACUGGACAAAUCAUUGAAUCUUUCUGUCCCUUGUCCCUCAGUUUGAUUUAUUUUUAUUUGUUAGUGGUAAUAAUUUGCCUACCUAGGAGAGUUUUCAUGAGGACUAUAUCAGGUAUUUUAUAAAAAGCCUUGGAAUGAAUAUCUAGCAUGUAUGUGUUCACAAGUAGUAGCUGUUGUCAGUAAUUUUAUUAUCAGCAUCCCUGUCAAGGAGCUCAUGUAAGGGGAGGGCCUCAUGGAUGUCUAAUAGCAAAAAGCCUUCACAAUCACUUACUAUAAUUCAUUCCAAAAACAGCAGUGGAGCAUUAAUUAUCACAGGAGGCCUUCAUUCAAAAGGCUAGAAACUCAGAUUAGAAAUGAACAGAAGAGUAACUAGAUGAAAUGUGCCCACUUAGAAGUCAAAACUACCUCUUAGUGUUACUUAAUUAAAAAGGAAAUCAAAACUAAAACUAUGGCUUGGCGAGGGUGGCU